AUGUUCGCAAAUGUCUGUAUUCGCGAUUGUCGAUGUUCUCAAAUGUCUUUGUCCACAAAUGUCGUUGUUCGCAAGUGUCGAUGUUCUCAAAUGUCUUUGUCCACAAAUGUCGUUGUUCGCAAUUGUCGUUGUACCCAAAUGUCGGUGUUCCCAAAUGUCUUUUACCCAAAUGUCUCUGUAUCCAAGUGUCGAUGUUUGCAAAUGUCUGUGUUCUCAAAUGUCUCUGUACCCAAAUGUCGUUGUACCCAAAUGUCAGAAAAAUUAAAAAAUCAAUUUUUAGAAGAAGCCCAACAAAUGUGGCAUAAUCACCAACAUUUAUUUGAAAAAGAUAAUUAUUCAAAUAAUUUAAUAAAUGAAGAAAAUGAUGGUCAUUGGAUAUUAAAAAUUAAGGACAAAGGCAAUUCAAUUAGCGAAGAAAUAUGUGCAGAUAAUUUAAUGCCAUUAACGUGCCAAAUGUUGAGGGAAAGUUUUAGUGAUGCAGUUUGUGCGAGGGAAAAUGUUCGUCUAUCAGUACUUAAAUCAGGCACUAGCACUUGGCCCCAUUGCGGUCCGACAAAUUAUAUUUUAGAAGCCCAUCUUGGACUUGUUACACACUCUGACGCUCGUCUACGUGUAGGAAAUGAGACUAGAGGCUGGAAGCAAGGAAAGAUGUUGAUUUUUGACACAAGUUUUGAACACGAAAUAAUUUUUGAGGGGGCUCCAGCAAACGCCUUACGUAUAGCACUUAUUUUUGAGCUUUGGCAUCCGGAAGUUCCCCAUGCAUUGAGGGGAAAAAUUGAUAAAGUGGAGGAUAACUGA